AUCUUAGAAUCUCAAGACAUGUAUUUCCUUGGACUGUUGUCUUUGCUUGUUUUGCAAAGCAAAGCCUUCAAGACAAAUUUUCCUGAUGAAACCAUUGCUGAGCUUUCUGUGAAUGUUUAUAAUCAGCUGCGAGCUGCAAGAGAAGAUGAGAAUAUUCUUUUCUCUCCUCUGAGCAUCGCAAUAGCCAUGGGAAUGGUAGAGCUCGGAGCCCAUGGAACCACUUUGAAAGAAAUUCGACAUUCCUUGGGUUUUGACAGCUUAAAAAAUGGUGAAGAGUUUACCUUCCUGAAGGACCUUUCUGAUAUGGCAACUACUGAAGAAAGUCAUUAUGUUCUCAAUAUUGCUAACUCUCUCUAUGUGCAGAAUGGAUUUCAUAUCAGUGACAAAUUUCUGCAGUUGGUGAAAAAAUACUUUAAAGCUCAAGUAGAGAAUAUAGAUUUCAGCCAAAGUGCAGCUGUAGCUACCCACAUCAAUAAGUGGGUGGAGAAUCAUACAAAUAAUAUGAUCAAAGAUUUUGUGUCUUCAAGAGAUUUUGGUGCUCUAACUCAUUUGGCUCUCAUCAACGCAAUCUACUUUAAAGGCAAUUGGAAAUCACAGUUCAGACCUGAAAAUACAAGAACUUUUUCUUUUACUAAAGAUGAUGAAAGUGAAGUGCAGAUUCCAAUGAUGUACCAGCAGGGAGAGUUUUACUAUGGAGAGUUCAGUGAUGGCUCCAAUGAAGCAGGUGGUAUCUAUCAAGUUCUGGAAAUACCAUAUGAGGGAGAUGAGAUUAGUAUGAUGAUCGUUCUUUCCAGACAGGAAGUUCCACUGGUCACAUUGGAACCCCUGGUCAAAGCUUCAUUGAUUAAUGAAUGGGCUAAUUCUGUAAAGAAGCAAAAAGUGGAAGUGUAUUUACCAAGGUUCACAGUAGAACAGGAAAUUGAUCUGAAAGAUGUCUGGAGAGGCCUCGGAAUUAUGGAGCUGUUCAGCAGUAGUGCUGACCUCACUGCGAUGUCUGAUAACAAGGAACUUUACCUUGCAAAGGCAUUUCACAAGGCAUUUCUAGAAGUUAAUGAGGAAGGAUCAGAAGCUGCUGCUGCCUCAGGAAUGAUUGCCAUUAGCAGAAUGGCAGUGCUGUAUCCCCAAGUUAUAGUUGACCAUCCCUUUUUCUUUUUGGUCAGAAACAGAAGAACAGGUACCGUGUUAUUCAUGGGAAGGGUAAUGCACCCUGAAGCAAUGAAUACAAGUGGCCAUGACUUUGAAGAGCUUUAACUGCCACCAGCUACCAAAAAGAGGAGAUAAGCACAUAAAGUUUGAAGUUAAUAUAUUUAAGGUUUGCUGUGUUUUCCCCCAAGAUAUUGUUUAAAAUGCUUUCAGAUCUAACUGUGCAAGUCAGUUUCCAGAGGAAAGCUUACAGUAUUAAAGUAAUGGUUCUGUUUUUGUCAUUGUGAUUGCUGCGUCCUUAAAAUAAAAUUGUGUACAUGUCAACAACUGUUUCUUGUUCUAGUGAAUUGUAAAGCAAAAAACUGCAAAUCCAUUAUUCGUAAUUUUUUUUACAGUCCAAAGACUGACUUAAUCAAUGAGACAGGAGCGGAAAGUGUGCAGCUCCGAAUACUGCAAUGGCAAACCUUGAUGAUAAUUUAUAGAGUUGGAGGACUACAUCUGGAAAAUGUGAUCUCUUUCUGUUCCUGUAAAAGUAGUAAACAGACUGCGAUAUGCUGUCUCAUCAAAGUUAAUGGAACAAAUUAAGCCUAGUGGAUUUUAUUCUAUAAGAUAACUGUGGUAGACUUUGUGUGAACUCUCCCACAUGUGAUUCUAAAAUGUUGCUUUUAUGAAUGCUCCUGCAUGUGACUGCAAUCCACCUUCCGUAACUGUUGAUGCCAAUAAAAUUUGAUCGCAUGAGUAUUUGAGUUAGUGUAGAAUAGCUAUGUAUGUGACUGAAGUAAAAUAGUUGAAUAGUCA